AGUGUGAGAGCUAACCUAGUUUCCGGUUCCGGGUCUUGGCGGUGACCCAGUUACAGGGUGGUUCCGGUUCCGGGCUCUCGCUUGGGAGACUCUGUUCUCGGUGUCGGCGAGUCCCGUGUUCGGGCCAGAAGCUGCCGCCAUGUCGGUCCCCAGCGCCCUGAUGAAGCAGCCGCCGAUCCAGUCCACGGCGGGGGCCGUGCCCGUCCGCAACGAGAAGGGUGAGAUCUCCAUGGAGAAGGUGAAGGUGAAGCGCUAUGUGUCGGGGAAGCGACCAGACUAUGCGCCCAUGGAGUCCUCGGACGAGGAGGAUGAGGAGUUCCAGUUCAUUAAGAAGGCGAAGGAGCAGGAGUUGGAGCUAGAGGAGCAGGAGGAAGAUUCAGCUAGUGACCCCCGUCUGCGGCGCUUGCAGAACCGCAUUAAUGAGGAUGUGGAGGAGAGACUCGCAAGGCACCGCAAAAUUGUCGAGCCAGAAGUAGUUGGAGAAAGUGACUCGGAGGUGGAGGGAGAUGCCUGGCGCAUGGAACGGGAAGAUACCAGCGAGGAGGAGGAAGAAGAGAUUGAUGAUGAGGAGAUUGAGCGUCGUCGUGGGAUGAUGCGCCAGCGAGCUCAGGAGAGAAAGAAUGAGGAGAUGGAGGUGAUGGAAGUGGAGGAUGAAGGCAGGUCUGGCGAGGAGUCUGAAUCCGAGUCUGAGUAUGAGGAGUACACAGACAGUGAGGAUGAAACGGAGCCACGUCUCAAACCUGUUUUCAUCCGCAAGAAGGAUCGAGUUACAGUCCAGGAACGAGAGGCAGAGGCAGUGAAACAGAAGGAGUUGGAGCAGGAGGCAAAGCGGCUGGCGGAGGAGAGGCGGAAGUACACACUCAAGAUUGUGGAGGAGGAGACUAAGAAGGAGCUGGAGGAGAACAAGCGCUCGCUGGCUGCGCUGGAAGCGCUCGAUACUGACGACGAGAACGAUGAGGAGGAGUAUGAGUCCUGGAAAGUGCGUGAGCUGAAGCGCAUCAAACGGGACCGUGAGGAGCGAGAGGCACUGGAGAAGGAGAAGGCUGAGAUUGAGCGCAUGCGGAACCUGACAGAGGAGGAGCGCCGUGCUGAGCUCCGUGCCAAUGGCAAGGUCAUCACCAACAAGGCAGUGAAGGGCAAAUACAAAUUCCUGCAGAAGUACUACCACCGGGGGGCCUUCUUCAUGGAUGAAGAUGAGGAAGUGUACAAGAGAGACUUCAGUGCCCCCACGCUGGAGGAUCAUUUCAACAAGACCAUCCUGCCUAAAGUCAUGCAGGUCAAAAACUUUGGGCGCUCUGGGCGGACCAAGUACACACACCUGGUGGAUCAGGACACAACCUCCUUCGACUCUGCCUGGGGCCAGGAAAGUGCACAGAACACCAAGUUCUUCAAGCAGAAGGCAGCCGGCGUGCGGGACGUCUUUGAGAGACCAUCGGCUAAGAAGCGGAAAACUACCUAAGGGGAGUGCCCAGGACAGUGUCAUGCUGCCAACAGCAGGGCGGAAAGGCACUUUGUCUGCCAUGGGUCCUCACCCUGCCAGAUAUCUUGCGAGUACGUUGGGGCAUAAAGUGCGCCUGGUUUGGCCAAUUCCUUCUACUCUCCAUUUGUCGAGCUGAGUGUUGUAUUCUGUGCUCCAGCACUGAGCUCUCACCACUCUGCCUGGUGACCUGGGCCAGGCUGCACAGACUUUCCACCGGGCUCAAUUGGAAUCAGAGGAAAAGUCCAUCCUUGUGCUAGGCCAGCCAGACCCAGCGCUGAAUGGCUUUCGUCCCCAUCAGCCCCACGGGACUAGACAGCUUCCCAGAUUCCCACUGCCAGAGGGCAGCAGAUCCCCAGUUCCCUUGGAAUUAGCAGCAGGCUCCUACGGUCUGUUCCAAGGCAUCUCCCCACCUCUGUACAACACCCCAUCUCCAGUUGGGAAGGCAGUUCCCUUUUGUUCUCUGCCCUAGCUCUGUGGGGCUUUGAAGCCUCUUUCGCCUAGCCCUCUGCUUGGCUCUAGGCUCCCCUAUCUGUACCGUAGGGUAUGGGGCUCUUCCAGGCCCCCACGGCACAAGAUCUGAGUUUUGAUUAAAAGCUGUUUUCUCACAA